AUGGUGACGUGUGCCCAUCAACAAGGAUGGAGAGUGGUCCUGGGGCAGGUGCACUUCCAGCCCCACGACAUGUCCUGCUACAACCAGUGCCUGCCAUGCCGGCCCUGUGGCCCGACCCCGCUGGCCAACAGCUGCAAUGAGCCCUGUGUCAGGCAGUGCCAGAACUCCACUGUCGUCAUUGAGCCCUCUACUGUGGUGGUGACCCUGCCCGGUCCCAUCCUCAGCUCCUUCCCGCAGAACACCGUUGUGGGCUCCUCCACCUCUGCUGCUGUUGGCAGGAUCCUCAGCUGUGAUGGAGUGCCCAUCAACUCUGGGUGCUGUGACCUCUCUGGCAUUUCCAGACGCUACUAG